GUAAGAACAUUGAUUGAGAAAUUUAUUUCGCCAAGUCGGGCCUUCGGACUUACAAAUGUUGAUCAAUCUGAAAAGGUUUCAGAUCAAUCAAAAUACCACAUAUCUCAUCUUCCCAAGGCU